CUUCCGGCGGAAGCGCUGGGGGCAGUGCGACGUGUGCGCGGAGCCGGGCCCGGCGCCGCCGCCGCCAUGCUCGACUUCUUCACUAUCUUCAGCAAGGGCGGCCUCGUCCUCUGGUGCUUCCAGGGCGUCCGCGGGCCUGCCGCCGCCGCCACCGCGCCCGUCAACGCCCUCAUCCGCUCCGUCCUCCUCCAGGAGCGGGGUGGCAACAACUCCUUCACCCAUGAAGCCCUCACGCUCAAGUACAAGCUGGACAACCAGUUUGAGCUGGUGUUUGUGGUGGGCUUCCAGAAGAUCCUGACGCUGACCUACGUGGACAAGCUGAUCGACGACGUGCACAGGGAGUUCCGCGACAAGUACCGCACGGAGUUCCAGCAGAAGGGAGCCCUGGGGCUGCUGCAGGGCACCUUCGACUUCAGGGAGGACUUCCUGCGCCUCCUCCGGGCCGCGGAGGAGAGCAGCAGAGUGCGACCCCCCACGGUGAUGAAGACGUUUGAGCAGUCUCUGAAGUCGCAGAAGACUGUCAAGUGUAUGAUAGAGACCCGAGGGGAGAAACCAAAGGAGAAGGCCAGGAGCAAGAAGAGCAAAGGCUCCAGGAAGGAGGGAGCUGAGGCUGUCGCAGCCCCUGGGAAGGCCUCUGCAGGUGAGAAGCAGCCCCCAGCAGCUGGGGACAAGGAGGAGCUGACCAAGGAUGAAAUCCUGCAGAAGAACCGGGAGGAGUUCUUCAGGAGGCACAAGAAGGCUGCGGAGAAAUCCAGCAAAUCUCCCAAGCCUGAGGCCCAGAAGGAGAAGGGGAAGAAGCCCAGGGUGUGGGACCUGGGCAACUCCAAUGCCAAAGUUCUGGAUUACAGCAACUCUGCCACCAACGGCAGCGCCGAGGCCGCGCCGGCCGAGGACUUCGACCGCGCCACCGCGCUGGGGGAUCAGAACCGGGAGCCCGGCCGCCUCUACGACCUGGAGUAUGAGAGUGAGGAUGAAGCUGAGGAGGAGAAGGUCGCUCAGAACCCUUCCAAGCCCAGUGCAAAGAAGGGAGGGGGCCUGGGGGGCAUGUUUGGCAUGCUGAAGGGCCUGGUGGGCUCCAAGAGCUUGACCAGGGAGGACAUGGACCCCGUUCUGGAGAAGAUGAAGGAUCACUUGAUUGCCAAGAACGUGGCAGCGGAGAUCGCGCUGCAGCUCUGCGAGUCGGUGGCCAAGAAGCUGGAAGGGAAGGUCAUGGGAACCUUCACCACGGUGACCUCGACGGUGAAGCAGGCCCUGCAGGAGGCCCUGGUGCAGAUCCUGCAGCCGCAGCGCCGCGUGGACGUGCUGCGCGACGUGCUGGAGGCGCGGCGGCGCCGCCGGCCCUACGUCGUCACCUUCUGCGGUGUCAACGGCGUCGGCAAGUCCACCAACCUGGCCAAGAUCUCCUUCUGGCUGAUCGAGAAUGGCUUCAGUGUGCUGAUCGCAGCCUGCGACACCUUCCGGGCGGGGGCGGUGGAGCAGCUGCGCACACACACGCGGCGCCUGCUGGCCCUGCACCCGCCGCAGAGCCACGGCGGCAGGACCAUGGUGCAGCUCUACGAGAAGGGCUACGGCAAGGACGCCGCCGGCAUCGCCAUGGAGGCCAUCGCCUACGCUCGCAACCAGGGCUUCGAGGUGGUGCUGGUGGACACCGCUGGCCGCAUGCAGGACAACGCUCCCCUGAUGGCCGCGCUGGCCAAGCUCAUCGCCGUCAACGCCCCGGACCUGGUGCUCUUCGUGGGGGAAGCGCUGGUGGGGAACGAGGCUGUGGACCAGCUGGUGAAGUUCAACAAGGCCUUGGCUGAUCACUCCAUGGCCCAGACCCCGCGGCUCAUCGACGGCAUCGUCCUCACCAAGUUCGACACCAUCGACGACAAGGUGGGUGCUGCCAUCUCCAUGACCUACAUCACGAGCAAGCCGAUCGUCUUCGUGGGCACCGGGCAGACCUACUGCGACCUGCGCAGCCUCAACGCCAAGGCCGUGGUGGCCGCGCUGAUGAAGGCCUAGAGCCGGCCUCGCCC